GUUUCGAGAACCAAGCGAUAUGGCAGCGUCUGAUACCUCAAAGCUCGGCAAGAGAGCUCGCGAAGGAUCACAUGGUGCAGAUUCCCCCGAGGAUGGACAGGAAGCUGGUCCUGCGGUACCGGAGAUGCCAGGUGCAGAUGUAGAGGACAGUUCAGACGAAGAGAUUGGACCUAUGCCGAGUGCUGGAGGUGAUGGAGUCAAUGAGAGUUCAAAUGGCAAGCGGAAGAAGAAAAAGAGAGCGGUACUACCUCACGAGCGACUCUACCUGGAUCAUUUACCAGAUACGGAUAGGUAUUACAAGUCUUUCAUGCACCGAGACGUGGUGAACUACGUCGCAGUGACGAGGACCAACUUUGUGAUCACAACCUCUAUCGACGGGCAUUUGAAGCUGUGGAAGAAACAAGACCAAGGCAUAGAAUUUGUCAAACACUACCGAGCUUCCCUAAAAGCCAUUGUUGGGGUUUGUGCAAGUGAUGAUGGCAAAUUAUUUGCGACCGUCAGUGAAGGAGGAGAGGGCAGAGUCUUUGAUGUGGUCAAUUUUGACAUGAUCAACAUUUUCAAAUUCACAUUUGUACCCAAAGCAUGUUGCUGGAUACAUGAACCUGGUGCUGGGCAGACGCUACUCGCUGUUUCCGACAUGGCCUCGCCAACGAUCCGCAUAUACGAUGGCAGAGGAGAUGGAAAUCCAUUGUACAAGCUGGAAAAAAUACAUAGGGCUCCUGUCCACCUCAUGGUAUACAACUCUCGAUACGACUGUGUGAUAUCCGCCGACGAAGCUGGAUUCGUCGAGUACUGGCAGCCGAGCGAACCAUGGGGUCUACCAAGCAUACCAAAUCUGUGGCAAUUCAAAUCUCAGACCGACCUCUUCCAUUUUAAAAAGAACAAAACCAUUCCCACAUCCCUCACAUUCUCACCCUCUGGCUCACAUUUCGCCUGUCUCGCUCUACCCUCACGCGCGGUCCAUGUCUUUUCCUUCCACAGCGCAAAACUUAAACGGACAUACGAUGAAUCACUUACGGCAAUUCAAGAGAUGCAGCAGGCAGGUACGGCUGUGUAUCAGCUCGACGAUAUGGAUUUCGGGAGACGUCUGGCCAUUGAGCGAGAGCUUGAAAGGGAUGGUAGCGGUCCAGGAGGUGCUUUGAGGACAGCCAAUGCAGUCUGGGAUGAGAGUGGGAACUUUUUGUUGUACCCUACCAUGUUAGGCAUAAAGGUCAUCAACACCGUCACCAACAAGGUCGCUCGGAUCAUUGGCAAAGAAGAAUCGUUACGUUUCCUUAAUUUGUCCUUAUAUCAAGGCGCUCCGUCCAAGAAGGGUGUUACAACACUGGCAAUGGCGGCGUCUGCCAAUCCGUUGUUACAGGAGAAGGCGGUCAGAGAUCCUCACUUGAUAUGUACGGCGUACAAGCGCCAAAGGUUUUACAUGUUCGCCAGGGAAAGCGAGGAGCCGAAGAGCGGCGAGAGAGAUGUCUUCAAUGAACGUCCGACCAGAGAGGAUCAGACUAUGGCUGUUGCGCCAGCGGAGGAGAAGGCUGCAUUGCCUACUUUGUGCACGAUUCAUACGACUGAAGGGGACAUCAAAGUCAAGCUGUACCCAAAUAUUGCGCCGAAAGCUGUCGAAAACUUUACAACCCAUGCGAAGAAUGGCAAGUGCUACUACAACGGUUUAAUCUUCCACCGUGUCAUUCGGAAAUUCAUGCUCCAAACGGGUGACCCCUUUGGUGAUGGUACGGGCGGAGAAUCCAUCUGGGGAGGGACUUUCGAAGAUGAAAUCUCUCCUGAUGCGCGGUUUGAUCGGCCGUACACGCUAGCCAUGGCCAAUGCUGGACCCAAGACAAACGGCAGUCAAUUCUUCAUCACGACGGUCCCAUGCCCUUGGCUGAAUGACAAGCAUACAAUCUUUGGGAAAGCCACUGCUGGGUUGGAUAUCAUUCAUAAUAUUGAGAAUGUCAGUGUGGAUAAGAACGAUAAGCCAUGGGAGGAGAUCAAGAUGAUGUCCAUAUCUGUCGAGUAGCAAGGCGGGAGCCAAUGCAUAGCUGUCAGUUC